UAUUAUUGAGCGUCUGCUGCUUCAGCCUCUCAAUGUCAUCGCUCUAAGCAUCAUGAGGAAUGCUUGCUGAUAUAUCUGAAGUUGGAACAGAGGGUGUGGGCCAAGCUCCUCUCAACACACGCCUGGAUAGCAAGAUAAAGGCACUUGCUAGCAAGAAAUAUACCCUUAAGGAGCUGAGCGGCUGAUUAUCUCUCCAAGCCAAAGGAGUGAGAUGGCUUGACAAAGACAACUUCCUUAAUGCUGGAGAAAAACUGAGCGUGUCCAGUUUUUAGGUUAAGUGUGAGCGUUCACUACCCCAUCAACUACCUUCUAUAAUUUUUUUCACUUUGCAGACUGUUGACUGUGAGAGAAAACGGUGGGAUGACAGACCAAGAGACACCCAGUGAGGGUGAGCCCCCUCCAACAUAUAUAAUCUUUCUCGUUGUCUUUUUGUUCUUCAUCACGGGCCUUCUGGGUUUCCUGAUCUGUCACUUAUUGAAGAAGAAGGGCUACCGCUGCGAAUUAAAUGACGAUGAGGCAGACUGUGAAGAUAAACUGGAAAAAGAAAAAGAUGAUGAAUCAGAUGACAGUCAAGACACUGUGGAACAAAUUCUGAAAUGCAUAAUUGAGAAUGAAGCCAAUAUGGAUGCCUUCAAAGACAUGUUGGGUGGCCAAAAUGUCUGUGAACUUCACGAUCCACGUUUACGUCGCAAGGACAGUGUAGGUCUUCCCCUUCACCAUCAUACAGUUCAUCUGGGAGGAGAAAUCAGCACCUGUGUUCACUGUAUGCAAGGACAUCUAUUAAGAACACGACGCAGAAGCCGUGUGGCUAGAAGCAAAGCCCGGCAGGGGGAGAUGACUGUGUUUUCUGUGGGCAGAUUUCGUGUCACCCACACGGAGAAGAAGAACAGCCUUCAAGGUUCGAUCAAUCUGCCCGCCGCUAAACCAGGAGACAUAUCCAAUGACACCACACUGUCAGACGGCAGGGCGGGGUUCAAAGAUACCUCAAAAAAGCCUCAGGAAGAAUACAACAUCCGUAACAUGUUCAAAGACACCGGAGGAACGAACGGCAAGGUUCCAAACCCAGGAAAACGUAAGAAAAGCGUCACACUGCUUGGCUUCUAUAAGGGCAGCAGUCCAGUGGGGACCAAGGAAAGGGUUGAAGAGGACAAGGAAGGGACAAGCACAGCUGAACAGCUGUCAGUAUCUCUAGAAGAGUGCUUGAGCUCUGUCGCUGUGUCUCUUAUUGACACUGAAACAGCUUUAGAUCUGAAUUCAAUUAAAGGUUCUGUCAAUAAAUUAGAGACCAGCCCAGAGAAGGAAAGGGCUGAUGAAGCAUCUUUAGAUAUGAAUUCACAAGACAAAUUAAGUACAAAAACCACAGGGAAUGUUCGAGACAGCUCUAGAUUUUCUGUGGUAAGAACUGAGGAAGAGAUUACUGUCACAUCUGUAGCCACUACUGAGCAUAGAGGACGUGAUGCGGUGCAAAACGAUGAUAUAAAGACUGGCAAAAUUAGUCAGGAGAGUAUAGACAAUCAGCAGGUAUGAUUAUAGCGUCAUUGCCCAACGAGCAUAGUGUUAUAGAUUAUUGAGAUGGUCAGACAAUUGUUUUUUAAGAAUGAGACUAAAAUGCAAAGCUUUUAAGUUGCCACAUGGACUGCUUUUUAAUAUACAAUGCAUACCUGUAAUGGGUGUUUCUUCAAUUUCGGGCACUUUUAGAACUGUGGAUUGUUUUCAAGUCAAGAAAAUUCCCACAAUAGUGUUGUUUCUCAAAUUCUGUAUUGUGUUUAAUAGAAUUCUGUGGAAAUGACGCUGAUGGAAAUGACAUGUCUAACUUUUUUAAAAAGGCAAAAGAUUAAUUUCAUAGAUAACAUUUUAUGUAUCCUAAAUAAAUACACACAAUCAUAUAAUAUUUUCACACAAAAUAACAGCUUGAUUAGAAAUGACACCUGAUUCAAUUAUUCUGGUCACAGGUGAUAUUUACUCCACUAAUUUUCUUUGUUUCAAAUUUAAUCUCAAGCAUGCUCUUCACUGACACUUUUGUCGACUUGGUUAAAGCAAUAGUUCACCCAAAAAGGAAAAAUAUUUCUUCAUUUACUCUACCCUACCCUUAUGCCAUCCCGGAUGUUUAUGACUUUUUCUACCCUACCCUUAUGCCAUCCCGGAUGUUUAUGACUUUUUCUAUUCACAAAUGAAGAAUUUCUCAACUCUUUUAGUCAAUACAAUGCAAGUGAAUGGGUGCAUCACAUAAAUCAGCAUAAAAGUAAUCCAUACGAUUAAAUCAAUGUCUCCAGAAGAGAUUUCAUACUGUAGGUAUGGGUGAGAAACAGAUAAAUAUUUUAGUCAAUUUUUACUAUAAAUUCUCCUCCUUGCUCAGUCAAUCUCCACUUUCACUUUCACAUUCUUAGUGUAUUUUAACAGGAAGAGUGAGUGGUAGUGGCGUAGUGGCUAAAGCACAGGGCUGUUAAUCAGAAGGUCACAGGUUCUAACCCCAUGUCCACCACCAUUGUGUCCUUGAGCAAGGCACUUAAAUCCAGGUUGCUCCGGGGGGGAUUGUCCCUGUAAUAAGUGCACUGUAAGUUGCUUUGGAUAAAAGCGUCUGCCAAAUGCAUAAAUGUAAUGUAAACGUGUAUACCCUACUGGGCAGGGAGAAGAAUUUCUAGCAAAUUUGGACUGAAAUAUUCAUCUGUUUCUCAACCCACACCUAUCAUAUCUCUACAGAAGACAUGGAUUUAACCACUGGAGUCAUAUGGUUAACUUUUAUGAUGACUAUACAUUCUUUGUAUGGACCUACAGAGCUGAGAUAUUCUUCUAAAAAUCUUCAUUUGUGUUCUGCAGAAGAAAGAACGUCAUACACAUCUGGGAUGGCAUGAGGGUGAGUAAAUGAUGAGAGAAUGUUCAGUUUUGGGUGAACUAUUGCUUUAACAACUUUUUAACACUAACACUAACUUUUGAAAUAAAAUAAUUGGGGCAAAAUUGUUUUGUGUGUUGGAAAUGUCGGCACAACUGUGGGACAAAAAAUCAUAGAGAUAAUUUUCACACAAUAUAUAUUAAAAUGGUUUAUGCUUUAGACUAUUAUAGUUUUAAACAUGUAAUAAUUUGCAUUUUUAUAAGGGAUUUUCAUAGUUUAAUUUUAAAAGUUUGUGUCUGGGGCAAGGCUAAAACAGUAAAUUCUAUUCAAAGCAUUUCUAAAUGACAAAACAUAGAUGGUAAAAGCAUGGUAAAAAUGUUUCUAAUUCAGUUUUAAUAAAACCCUCAUAUAACAAAUUGAGAAGAUCAACCCCAGGGACAUGAAAUUACCUGAAGUUGAAAAACACCUGUAUACAGUGUGGGUUCAAAAAUCUGAGCUGACAUUGAAAAUCUGGGAUUUGAAAUCUUAUUUGAACCUAAAAAGAAACAAAGUUAUGACAUAAAAUAAAUAAGAAAUAUUUAAAACAAUUUCAGGUCACUAAUCAAAUAGUAUACAAAAGAUUAGAUUUCCUUUCUUUGGAAAAUGUUGGUAUAACAUGGAUUUUUCACAAUCUUGUGGAGUUCUUGCCAUCUCAAGUUCAAGCUAAAAGGGAAUAUAGCAUACACCAAAAGAAAUUAUGUAAAUUUGUGAAUCUUUUAUUCAAAUUGUUACUUAUAAAAUAAUUGGUAAAAAAAAAUAUGACAUUAAAUAAGAAACAUUAAAUAGACAAGUUGUCAUAAGUUGACUGAGACUUUUGAACCCCAUGUGUAUAUGUAUGUAAAUAAACUACAUGUUAUGAGCCAAAAUAAAAUCAGUGGCUAUUGUAAACAUAUAUUGACAAUGCCAUCUAGUUAAUGGCAUUCUGUUUAUUAAAAGUAUAUAUAUAUACAUUAUCUCACAAAAGUGAGUACACCCCUCACAUUUUUGUAAAUGUUUGAUAAUGUUUUCAUGUGACAACACUGAAGAAAUGACACUUUGCUACAAUGUAAAGUAGUGCGUGUACAGCUUGUAUAACAGUGUACAUUUGCUGUCCCCUCAAAAUAACUCACAGCCAUUAAUGUGUAAACUGCUGGCAACAAAAUUGAGUACACCCCUAAGUGAAAAUGUCCAAAUUGGGCCCAAUUAGCCAUUUUUCCUCCCCGGUGUCAUGUGACUCAUUAGUGUUACAAGGUCUCAGGUGUGAAUGGGGAGCAGGUGCGUUAAAUUUGGUGUCAUCGCUCUCACACUCCCUCAAACUGGUCACUAGAAGUUCAACAUGGCACCUCAUGGCAAAGAACUCUCUGAGGAUCUGAAAAAAGAAUUGUUGCUCUACAUAAAGAUGGCCUAGGCUCUAAGAAGAUUUCCAAGACCCUGACACUGAGCUGCAGCAUGGUGGCCAAGACCAUACAGCGGUUUAACAGGACAGGUUCCACUCAGAACAGGCCUCGCCAUGGUCGACUAAAGAAGUUGAGUGCACGUGCUCAGCGUCAUAUCCAGAGGUUAUCUUUGGGAAAUAGACAUAUGAGUGCGCACACUGCAUCAAAUUGGUCUGCAUGGCUGUCGUCCCAGAAGGAAGCCUCUUCUAAAGAUGAGGCACAAGAAAGCCUGCAAACAGUUUGCUGAAGGCAAGCAGACUAAGGACAUGGAUUACUGGAGCCAUGUCCUGUGGUCUGAUGAGACCAAGAUAAACUUAUUUGGUUCAGUUGGUGUCAAGCGUGUGUGGCGGAAACCAGGUGAGAUGUACAAAGACAAGUGUGUCUUGCCUACAGUCGAGCAUGGUGGUGGGAGUGUCAUGGUCUAGGGCUGCAUGAGUGCUGCUGGCACUGGGGAGCUACAGUUAAUUGAGGGAACCAUGAAUGCCAACAUGUACUGUGACAUACUGAAGCAGAGCAUGAUCCCCUCCCUUCGGAGACUGGGCCGCAGGGCAGUAUUCCAGCAUGAUAACGACCCCAAACACACCUCCAAGAUGACCACUGCCUUGCUAAAUAAGCUGAGGGUGAAGGUGGUGGACUGGCCAAGCAUGUCUCCAGACCUAAACCCUAUUGAGCAUCUGUGGGGCAUCCUCAAAGGGAAGGUGGAGGAGUACAAGGUCUACACCACCAGCUACGUGAUGUCGUUAUGGAGGAGUGGAAGAGGACUCCAGUGGCAACCUGUGAAGCUCUGGUGAACUCCAUGCCCAAGAGGGUUAAACCAGUGCUGGAAAAUAAUGGUGGCCACACAAAAUAUUGACACUUUGGGCCCAAUUUGGACAUUUACACUUAGGGGUGUACUCACUUUUGUUGCCAGCGGUUUAGACAUUAAUGGCUGUGUGUUUAGUUAUUUUGAGGGGACAGCAAAUUUUACAUUGUAGCAAAGUGUAAUUUCUUCAGUGUUGUCACAUGAAAAGAUAUAAUGAAAUAUUUACAAAAAUGUGAGGGGUGUACUCACCUUUGUGAGAUACUGUAUAUAUAUAUAUAUAUAUAUAAGCAACCUAAUUCUGUGGGCAAUAGUUAAUUUAAACAAUGUUCCUCUUAACAGAUCAGAGUUCAGUGUUAAGUUAGUAGGAGCUAUUUUAACUCUACUUGUUUAGUCAUAUAUCCUUGUAUGAAAAGUUAUAUAGAGUUCAAAUAAUGUAAAUGGAGAUUGUCAGUUAUCCAACCCAUUACAGAAUGUCUUACAGAAAUCAAUGUAUUCAUGACCAUAUGGACAUGUUCAACAGUUAUUAAAACACUUUUAAAACCAAGUUUGGCUGAGUGUGAACAAAUCUGAAUUAUUGUGCAGUACAGUAACUGUCUGAUCAUAUUGUUGUGUACACUCCACCUCAUUUAAACUCUGUUUUCUCCGCACAUCAACUGGAGGAGCCAACUGGGGAAAGAUACCCUGUCUAAUGUCUGACAGGCUGCCCAGACCCUAACCAGUGAUAUCUAA